CAUGGGAUGCUUUGAAACUAAGCUCAUAUUUUGCAAAAAAAGCAACACAAAAACCCACAAUCAACCCACACAACAACACAACACAACACAACACCAACAACAAAAAAGACAAAAUGACCAAGUCAUAUGAUAAUGUUCCUGUAGUUCUUCUUGCAGAGCCAGUUGAUUCACCUAACAACAAUCGCACUAACAACUUGGCCCUCGCCAAGAAGCAGAAUACAAACAUUGAUGAAGAGCAACUGGAGCGCUUGGUCGAGCAAGGAUACUCACGUGGACUUGCAGAGAGCCUUACAAUGACAAAGGCUGCCUUUGGUCAACGUAUCUGGAUCAUUGACAACUCUGGAAGCAUGAACCACCCUGAUGGUCACCGCAUAGUGCCCACAUUGAAGAAGGGUGAUGUCAAAAUGGUCCCCUGCUCCCGUUGGGAAGAAAUCCAAGAAUGUGUCAAGUACCACAUUGCAAUGGCAGGAGCCAUCGAGGCUUCCACAUACUUCCGGCUUUUGAAUAACCCUGGAGCCAGGGUUGGCCCCCAGCAGUUCUCAGUGGCUGACAGCUCAGAACGUAUUAUGGAUGAUGUUCGUGAGGCCCAGAACAUCAUCCGCAAUGAAAAGCCUCAUGGCUGCACACCGCUUACCAGCCACAUCCUGGAGAUCCAUCGAGAAAUCAAGGCAUUGGCCCCAGAACUUCGCCAGAAUGGCCAGAGAGUCACAAUUGUCAUUGCCACAGACGGACUCCCAACUGACCAACGGGGACAUGGGGGUGACACAAUGAAGAAUGAGUUUGUGGAAGCUCUGCGCAUGCUGGAGGGCCUUCCUGUAUGGGUCGUUAUCCGCCUCUGCACCGAUGAAGACAAAGUUGUGGAGUUCUACAAUGAUCUCGAUGUGAUCCUUGAACUUUCUGUGGAAGUCUUGGAUGAUUUCACUGCCGAGGCCCAGGAGGUCUAUGAAUGCAACCCUUGGCUCAACUAUGCUCUACCAAUUCACCGAAUGCGUGAGAUGGGCUUCCAUGAUCGUGUGUUUGACAUGCUGGAUGAGAGGUUGUUGACCAAAAGUGAGCUCCGAGACUUCUGCUAUCUCCUCUUUGGAGAAUCCAACUUUGAUGGUGUCCCCGAUCCCUCUUUGGACUGGACUGGAUUCAUCCAGAAUGUUGAGAUGCUUCUCCAAUCAGAGUCUCUUCAGUGGAACCCAAUCAGUAAGCGCAUGAAGCCCUGGAUCAGUGUCAAGAAGCUCAACCGCUGCUAUGGAAGUGGUGCCUCUUGUGUCAUCAUGUAGCACGACCUCAAUCCACUUUGCUGGCUGGCACGUUGCAAUCCACUCCAUGCUUGCACUUGACUGUUUCUAUUAAAUAAAUAAAAUACAUAAUAUGCCACAAACAACAAGCAAUAGCUUUGAUGAUCUUCUAAAAUACAUUGAUUUCGCUUGUCUGCAUCGAGC